GCCGUCCUUCCGGCCGGGCUCCUUUCUAAUUGGCUGUCUGAGAGCUUCCCCGGGGACUCGGCCGCUCGGGACACCACGCUGGCCGCUGGAGUCGCUGCCCCGCGGCGUGGCCACACGUCUUCGGCUGCGAGCUCCCCGUGGUGCCGGUGACAUGUGGCGCCUGUCAGGACUGCUGGGCCGAGCUCUUCCCCGCCUGCUGGGAUCUGACCUUCAAAGUGUGACUCCUAAGUCUACCAGCCCAGAUGGGCCUCAGGCAGCUGCCUCCACACUGCUGGUCCCUGUGCCCAGCUUUCAGCGGUCGCGCACCCAUGGCCCGGGCACAAGACAGGGUCCAAGGAACCAUGGGUGGAAGGAUGCUUUCCACUGGAUGUCUGCUCGUGUCUCACCCAACACUCUGUGGGAUGCGUUAUCAUGGGGCACGCUGGCUGUGCUGGCCCUGCAGCUGGCCAGGCAGAUCCACUCCCAGGCGUCCCUGCCUGCAGGACCGCGGCGGCCGGAACACUGCUCUUGGCGCAGUCCCCUGGACCGUUUCCUCCCAUCCGCCCCGUGGCAGCCGCACUCCUCACUGCGGAGGCACAUUCUCCCCCUCGCCAACGGCCCCACUCCCACUCCUGCUCCCGGGUACACUGGCCUUGGGGACAGGCAGGGCCCAGAAGAACCCUUGACUCGGCCCCAGAGGGUCUCCUCGCGCAGCCCCUUGGAGGCAGCUGGCCUCCAGGACCUCUCCGAGGAAGGUCCCAGUGACUGGACCUUGCUCCAUGCCAGCAGUAGCUCCGACUCCACAGCGACAGCAGCCCAGCCUGGGCCCCUGGGAGACAGGAAGGAACAAGACACAUCAACAGCUCUUCCACUUGAGGAGGCCGUGACUUCCAUUCAGCAGCUCUUCGAGCUCAGUGUUUCCAUCGCCUUCAACUUCCUGGGGACAGAGAACGUAAGGAACGGGGACUACGCAGCAGCCUUUUCUUACUUCCAGAAAGCUGCGGACCGUGGCUACAGCAAAGCACAGUACAACGUGGGCUUGUGUCACGAGCAUGGGAGAGGCACCCCGAGGGACCUGAGCAAGGCAGUCCUGUAUUACCAGCUGGCUGCCAGCCAGGGCCAUGGCCUGGCUCAGUACCGCUGCGCCCGGUGCCUGCUGCAGGGCUCCGCCUCGUCCUGGGACGCUGAGCGGCAGAGGGCCAUGUCCAUGCUGGAGCAGGCUGCGGACUCGGGCCUGAGAGAGGCCCAGGCUUUCCUCGGGGUGCUUUUCACCAAGGAGCCGCACCUGGAUGAGCAGAGAGCCGUGAAGUACCUGGGGCUUGCCGCCGACAAUGGGGACUCACAGAGCAGGUACCACCUGGGGAUUUGCUAUGAGAAGGGCCUUGGUGUGCAGAGGAGUCUGGAAGAGGCUGUGAGAUGUUACCAGCAGUCAGCAGCUCUGGGAAACCAGCCUGCCCAGGAGAGGCUGCGGACGCUGUUUGCCGUGAAGGCAACAGCUCCGGGGCCCAGCAGCCUGGCAGUUACUGGGUUGAAGUCUUUCUCCAGCCCCUCCCUCUGCAGCCUGAACAGCUUGCUUGUGGGAGCCUCGUGCCUCCCACACGCCUCGAGCACGGGCAACCUCGGCCUCCUGUGCAGAAGCAGGCAUCUCGGGGCCCCCAGCAGGACCGCCCCGUCCUUGGAGCGGAGUCUUCUAAGACUGGGUUUUGGCUAAGACCUUCUCACUCCAGCCCUAGACAGAGCCUGUGAGUUCUCAGAUUUCACCACUUGAGUCCCAACGAAGAGGCUGAUUGUCCAUCCACCUCCCAAAAACCUGAAGCACCUGCGCGGCACAGCAACCAAGAGGGAAGUGUGUGACGUCCCUGGCGGCCCUGACCUGACUUGCCGUACCGUGUCCUCGGUUGUAGACCACGGACAGUGGUAUGUGCCCUCCUGCCGUGCAGGACUGACCUGAUGCAGACACCUGUGUGUCUGCAGAGCACGCCCCGGUGCCCACUCAGCCCGCAGAGGCAGUGGGCGGCCCCGGGUGUCAGGAGGCCAGGAGGGGGACCUGGGCCACCCAAGGUUCCCCUCCACGGGCUCACGCUGCGAUCUUAGGCGCAGGCAUGACUCUCAUCCUCCCGACGUGAGAGAGGACCUGGAGUCCAGCACCAGGCGCCUCGGAGCCAGACAGGGGAUUGUGAGUGCUUGUUUGAGAAAGGUGUGCGGAAUCGUAGGGGUGUUUAAUAAAGCAGAGAUCGGAUUAUCUCAUCA